GGCUUCCUUGAGUUCCGGAGUCGACUAGCUGCCUGGGCCAGAGCGGAGAUGCAGCCGCCGCCCCGAAAAGUGAAGCCGGCCCAGGAGGUGAAGCUUCGCUUCCUGGAGCAGCUGAGCAUCCUUCAGACCCGGCAGCAGAGAGAGGCAGACCUACUGGAGGAUAUCAGAUCCUACAGCAAGCAGAGGGCAGCCAUUGAACGGGAGUAUGGGCAGGCACUUCAGAAACUGGCUGGGCCAUUCUUGAAGAGGGAAGGACACCGGAGUGGGGAGAUGGACAGCAGAGGCAGGAUGGUGUUCGGUGCCUGGCGCUGCCUGCUGGAUGCCACCAUGGCUGGGGGCCAAGCCCGGCUCCAGGCAUCUGACCGAUACCGUGACCUGGCUGGGGGCACGGGGCGGAGUGCUAAGGAGCAGGUGCUUCGGAAGGGAGCAGAGAACCUCCAGAGGGCACAGGCUGAGGUGCUGCAGUCUGUCCGGGAGCUGAGCCGAAGCCGAAAGCUGUAUGGGCAGCGGGAACGCGUGUGGGCCUUGGCCCAGGAGAAGGCGGCUGAUGUCCAGGCCAGGCUUAACCGAAGUGACCAUGGCCUCUUUCACACUCGGACCAGUCUUCAGAAACUCAGCACCAAGCUGUCUGCCCAAUCAGCCCAGUACUCCCAGCAGCUGAGAGCAGCCCGCAAUGAGUACCUGCUGAACUUGGUGGCCACCAAUGCCCACCUUGACCACUACUACCAGGAAGAACUGCCGGCCCUGCUCAAGGCUCUGGUCAGUGAGCUGUUAGAACACCUGAGGGACCCGCUGACCUCACUGAGCCGCACUGAGCUGGAAGCUGCAGAGAUGGCCCUGGAGCAUGCUCGCCGCGGGAGGCAAGCAACCUCCCAGGUAAGCUGGGAGCAGGAUCUGGAGCUUUUUCUUCAGGAACCUGGAGUGUUUUCCCCCACCCCACCUCAGCAGUUUCAGCCAGCAGGGAAUGAUCAGGUGUGUGUCCUGGAGCUGGAAGGGGGUGCAGGAGGUGUGGCGGGGGAGAGUGGCCUGGAGAAAGAAGUUCAACGCUGGACGAGCCGAGCUGCCCGAGACUAUAAGAUCCAGCAUCAUGGGCAUCGGGUGCUGCAGCGGCUGGAGCAGAGGCGGCAGCAGGCUCCAGAGCGAGAAGCUCCAGGCAUAGAACAGCGGCUGCAGGAAGUAAGGGAGAGCAUCCGAAGGGCACAGGUGAGCCAGGUGAAGGGGGCUGCCCGACUGGCCCUGCUGCAGGGGGCUGGCCUGGAUGUGCAGCACUGGCUGAAGCCAGCCAUGACCCAGGCCCAGGAUGAGGUGGAGCAGGAGCGACGGCUCAGCGAGGCCCGGCUGUCCCAGAGGGACUUCUCUCCCACGGCUGAGGAUGCUGAGCUGUCUGACUUUGAGGAAUGUGAGGAGACUGGGGAGCUCUUUGAGGAGCCCGCCCCCCCAGCCCUGGCCACCAGGCCCCUCCCCUGCCCUGCCCAUGUGGUGUUUGGCUAUCAGGCAGGACGUGAGGACGAGCUGACCAUCACAGAGGGCGAGUGGCUGGAGGUCAUAGAGGAGGGAGAUGCCGACGAAUGGGUCAAGGCUCGGAACCAGCACGGUGAGGUAGGCUUUGUCCCUGAGCGCUAUCUCAACUUCGCGGACCUCUCCUUCCCUGAGAGCAGCCGUGACAGCGACAACCCUUUGGGGGCGGAGCCCACAGCGUUCCUGGCCCGUGCCCUGUACAGCUACACUGGACAGAGUGCCGAGGAGCUGAGCUUCCCUGAGGGGGCGCUCAUCCGCCUGCUGCCCCGGGCCCAGGAUGGAGUGGAUGACGGCUUCUGGAGGGGAGAAUUUGGGGGCCAUGUUGGGGUCUUCCCCUCCCUGCUGGUGGAGGAGCUACUUGGCCCCCUAGGGCCAUCUGAACUCUCAGACCCUGAGCAGAUACUGCCAUCCCCUUCCCCUCCCAGCUUUUCCCCUCCUGCACCCACCUCUGCUGUGGAUGGAUCCCCUGCACCUGUCCUGCCUGGUGACCAAGACCUGGACUGCCCUGGGUCUCUGGAUAUGAUGGCACCUCGACUCAGGCCGAUGCGUCCACCGCCUCCCCCGCCGGCUAAAGCCCCAGAUCCUGGCCAUCUAGAUCCCCUCACCUGAAGCCAGGGGGACUGUCCAUCCCCUAGUGAUGCUGCUGCCCCAUCUCCGUGCUGUCAGACUGCCCCUCCCCAUGGUGAUCCAAAGCGACACAGUCAAAUGCUGGAAUCUCCCUGAUUUCCGUUCUCACCUUCAGGGAUAGACACUACUUCACCCAUUUCUGGGGCUGGAACCCACUCCUUUUCCCCCAUGAUCCUUCAGCCAUCUCUGGGGCUGAAAGUACCCCCUUUCUCUUCUGCCACCACCCCAUCUCUAGGGUGGUGAACUACCCUGAAAUCUCUGGGACUGGAAUUUGUCCCCCAAAGUCUUGAGUGACUCUGGCUUAUUUGUGUCUCCACCCUGAUUCUGUGAACCACCCCACUCCAGAUGCCAGUGCCACUGGGGCUGGG